AUGCAGUCUCCAGCUGCAUUCCUGGCCUUCCUGGCUGCGCUGCUUGCAACCACUACAGCUACAUCAGAUUUGGAGUCGCUCUUUAUGGUACCCCUGCAGAAGCAGUAUGUGCCCAUACGGCGUGACGGCAGCGUCGUGUCCUACAAGACGGCGUACUCUGGUCAGAUCUACGUCGGAUUUCGAGAGACGCAGAACUUCUCGGUGGUCUUUGACACAGGCUCUGGGCACUUCUUCCUCCCAUCGGUGGAAUGCAGCUCUGAGUCGUGCCGCUCACAUCGGAAGUACGACGUCAAGCGGUCCUCGACUGCGAAGUUCGUUGACCACGACGGCGCCCCAGCGGAGAGCAGUGACGAUGAGGUGGCCAUUAGCUUCGGCACCGGAAGCAUCCGGGGAAACUUCGUCGAGGAACUGGUUUGCUUCUCCGAGCCCAAAG